UUUGCUUCUCGGUCUUUCUCAGGCCUCUCUGCCGCACAGAGAGAGAGAGAGAGAUAUUUUUUUCUCAUACUUUGUAUUGUUAUUCGUCUCUUGUUCGUUUCUCAUAGACUCUGGUGUGCUCGAUUCUCUUUCCUGCAAAUUCUAGAUACCCAGAUCGAAUAAACACAAAACCCACGUUUGGUUUUUCUACGCAGACUGUGAUUUUUAUUUUCUAGCAUUUUUUCCGAUAAAAAAAUCUUUUUUUUUCUUCGUGGGUGAUCUGAGUUUUCAUCAAUGGCGCCGAGUUUUGACUGUGCGGCUUUCUCGCGCCUCCUUUGCUCUGAAGACGACGGUGUCUUCGACAGCAGUGAUAAUUACGAGGCCACAAGCUUCCUUAGUAAUCAUCGAGCGGAAAGUCAUCGUGACCGGAACUUUCACGGCGGAAACGUCCCUCCGCCGUUGGAGAGCGAAGAAGUUCUGUGUUCGUUGAUUUCAAAGGAACCUGAGCACUUGCCGAAAGAUGAUUACUCGGAAAGAUUGCGAAAUGGUGAUCUCGAUUUGGUUGGUAGAGCAGAAGCCAUUGAUUGGAUUUGCAAGGUUCAUACCCAUUUUGGCUUUGGUCCUCUCUGUGCAUAUUUGUCUAUAAACUACAUGGACAGAUUCUUGUCCUCCUAUGAAUUGCCUAAGGGCAAAGCAUGGAUGAUGCAAUUGUUGGCUGUGGCAUGUUUGUCCCUUGCCGCCAAAAUGGAGGAGACUGAGGUCCCACUCUCUCUGGAUCUACAGGUGGGUGAGUCGAAAUUUGUGUUCGAGGCAAGAACCAUACAGAGGAUGGAGCUUCUUGUGCUUGGCACAUUGCAGUGGAGAAUGCAAGCAGUGACACCGUUUUCCUUCUUGGAUUAUUUCCAUUCAAAGAUCGACGUUGACCCAUCUCUCCAAAGAUUCACAAUCUUUAGAUCCAUUCAACUUAUCUCAAGCGCAUUCAGAGGGAUUCAUUUCUUGGAAUUCAAGCCUUCAGAGAUAGCAGCAGCUGCGGUAAUUUCUUCUGCAGAGGAAAUUCACGUUGCUUUGGACCGUGAAAAAGCGCUCUCUGAUCUCUCUCCAUACGUUUCAAAGGAAAGGUUGUUGAAAUGUAAAGAGUUGAUCCAAGGGCAAGGAUUAACGGGUUUCUCGUCACUCCAAUUUGCUCCAAAGAGUCCGAAUGGAGUGCUUGAAGCAUCGUGCUUGAGCUUCAGAAGCGAUGAAUCGUCUUCACUUGUAGGCUCUCGAAGCAGCAGCCCUGUCAUUAAACGCAGAAGGCUAAACCGAUCUUGUGAAGCCGAAGCUAUGAUUAAUUGAUGGGGAAUAAGAUUUUGGUAUCUUCACACAGAACACAAGAACACAUAAAAAGGGGUAAUAAAAGGAUAUGUUUAUUCUUAUACACAAGAUAUUUUUCCCGUGAGGUUUCUGUUUCCCUCUUUGACGAAACCCAAGACUCAGUGGUAGGGAGCAAAAUGAACAAUUUUAAAAUUUUGUGUGAAAACGAAUUUGGUGAAAUUUUGUGGGGCUGGAAUACAAGUUGGAAAUGCUUCA